AUGGCCCAGGCUCAGAUGCUCUACUCGGCAAACGAUUCCUUUGACACCACAGAAAGUCCCCCUCGCCUGCAGAGUCUUAAACGUCAUACCUCCUCUGCACCUGCAUUUUAUUCCAACAAAUCCAUCAAAAGCAUCACUUCCAACAUUACAUCCUCACUCCGCAAAACACUGUCCAUCUCCAAGCAAAAGACCACUGACCGGCCCGUGCUGCGGAUCUCGCCGCCAUCUGCGGACGGCUCUGUCACAGUCUCAUCAGCUCCUACCGUGGAUGUAACGGAACUUGCCGACGACACCGACACCACCUACGGCGAUGACGAUUCAUUCUCCGAUUCCGAUUCUGAGGAUGAAGAGAAACUCAAGCGUGAGGAGGAUGCCAAAGACUACUGCGAAGGUGGAUACCAUCCCACAUACAUCAACGAGCGCUAUGGCCCUGACAAACGUUACAUAAUCGUGCGCAAACUCGGUUGGGGUCACUUCUCUACAGUGUGGCUGGCUUUCGACUCCGUUCAUUCGCGCCAUGUUGCGAUAAAGAUUGUUCGCUCUUCAAAGAACUAUCAUGAGGCUGCCAUAGACGAGAUCCGCAUUCUCGAAAAGGUUCGUGACGGGCCUGAUUCUCAUCCUGGUAAAAACCAUGUUGUUCAGCUGCUCGACAGCUUCAUUCACACGGGCCCUAAUGGUGACCACGUUUGUAUGGUUUUCGAGGUCUUAGGUGAGAACAUGCUUAGUUUGCUACUACGCUAUAAGGCCUUCUCGAAAGAACGCACUGCUGAACUCAAAUCUUCGUCUCGUUCCGUCUCGUCUCUGGACUCGACCAGAGACUUGCUCUUACUGAAAGAAUCUUUUGGUGGCCUCCCACUCACGCUCGUGAAGCAGAUCACCAAACAGCUGCUUCUUGCACUCGACUAUAUGCACCGCGAGUGCGGUCUUGUACACACAGAUCUCAAACCGGAGAACGUUCUUGUUGAGAUCCAUGACGUUGAAAAGCUGAUGAAAAUUCUCGAACGCGAGAGAAAGGACAAGUUGGCGCAACGCCGUCUCACCUCCCGCAACUCCGAUGCUUCGAUAUCGGAAAGUGUUUACUCUUCUGUCAGGACCCCAGUCCGCGCUGCCAACGCUGUCCAUGCAUCUGUACCCUCGCCAUUGGUAAGAAAUGCUUCUGGCCCCUCUAUCCCUCAACCGCCACCGCCGGUGUUUCAGCGCUCAAGAUCUCACACGGUUCGCGUUCCUUGUUCGCCGGUGCGGUGCUCCAAGCCACUGACUUCUCCGGUGCCAUCACAAUCUGGAAUCGACUCCUUCUUCAGGUCUUUCUCGUUUUCGACCAAUUCCUCAUCUGCAAGUAUAGCAGGAAUGGCAGGUGUUUCUACGAUCCAAGGUGGUGUUGUCGACCCUGCUUAUUCGAUGUCUACAGCAGCAAAGCCUGAAAAGCUUGGUCUCAGCCCGAGAAGCGUACCACCUACGUGUGUUCCGCGGUCACCGCAACUAGUCAUGGAUGGAAAAAACGUGAUUCCUGAAGAGCAAGAAGACGAGUUUGUGGAUGCGAGAUCCGAAGCUUCCAGUGUGGCUCCUCCUGUUCGCAGGUUCUCAGUGUUGAACCUCGACACUACUACUGCAGCGUCUUCUCAUGCCCCUGUUACCGCAGCUGCUGCCAGCGAGAAUGGCUCCGUAAUAUCGAUGGGGGAGUUUGAGGGCGUGAUCUCAGUCAAAAUCGCCGAUCUUGGUAACUCCUGCUGGACAAACCUUCACUACACCAACGAUAUCCAGACGCGACAAUACCGUGCUCCCGAGGUAAUCCUCGGUGGCGAAUGGGGGUGUUCGACCGAUAUUUGGUCAGCCGCCUGUCUCGCCUUUGAGUUAGUGACCGGCGACUUUCUAUUUGAUCCAAAGGCUGGUGAACCUUACUCAAAGGACGAUGAUCAUCUCGCACAGAUAAUCGAGCUUCUGGAAGAGUGGCCCUCGAAGGAUUGGCUGCGUUCUUGCAAGCACGCCAGGCGAUUUUUCGAUCGUUCUCUGUCCCAAUUCCGCAACAUUGGCAAACUUAAGUACUGGACGCUCGACCGUGUGCUUGUCGAAAAGUACCACAUGUCUUCGGAGACUGCCGUUUUAAUUUCUGAGUUCCUUGGCGAGAUGCUACAAAUUGAGCCUAGCCGGCGGCAUGAUGCCGGUGGUUUGAGCAACCACCCAUGGUUGGUGGAUUGCAACGUUGACGAGCACAUUGCCCGCGAUGUUGGUUCAAAGGGGCAGGACAUUCCCGGUUGGUGUGCCGAGGUUGAUGCUGAGUAG